GGUGUUACAGAGUCUUGUCUCGGCUAAUUACGGUGGGCACAGCGUUCUGGUAAAUUCCACGGGCUGAGGUUAGAGUUGUGUAUUAAAAUGGCAGCUGAGGAUCUGGCUCUGAAGGAGUUCACCCUAGUUUAUUUGGACAGGACUGGCGGGCUGCACAAAUUUAUCAGCGACUGUAUUCGCUAUAAUGAUUCCAAACAGCGUCUUGCUGUUUAUCGCUUCGUUAUUUGUGUGAAUCCAGCUGACCUGAUGGAGUUGGAUGCAAGACUUGGUAACUGUGUUCUUCAUCAUCCAAUAAAAGCUGCGUGUUUGUUUCAGUCUGUUUGCUUUACAUCUAUCAAGACAUUGUCAUUAAUUCAACAAUUAGAAACAGAAAACCAGGUUAAUGUUGUGCUAAAGCUGACACACUUGCCUCCACUACCGAAUUACUCACUUAGCCUUUGCCAGUUCCCCCGUGGGUACCAGCUGCUGAGGUACUAUAUGAUAGAAGGGGUGGUGAUUGCAAUGACGACUGUAACAAAAUACACUCAAGCUGCAAGAUUCCUUUGUUCUGAAUCAAGCUGCCCUUUUUCAACAGGCUUUCAGUACAUUCGGGUGCACACUGUAGGUGCUACAGAAUCAGCUACCGUGCGAAAUGACUUCACGUGCACUUUGUGUAACUCUGCACUCAAGGAAGAUCUGAAAUUCAGAAUGCUGGGUGACAAACAGCUUGUUGAAAUGAUUGAUGCAGCUGCCCUCAAUGUUAUUAAAGGAAAUCAAGUCAAUAGAUCAUAUACCAGAUACCAAUCUUUCACUGUAUUUUUAAGGGAUGACCUUCCUAACAGUAUGAAGAUGGGUGAUAGAUACUAUGUAAUAGGAAUUCCAGCUCAUAUAUACAGUGGUUCACAGCUACAAUUAUGCAUGGAAGCAAACAGCAUACAGCACUGUAAUAAAAAUAAUGUAUUUCUUUAUUGUUCCUGUAAAGAUCCACCUUUCAUCAGCGACAACUUCAAAUAUCUAUUGUCUAUCACUGCAUCUUCACCCUGGAGAUUCACAGCCAUUCUAGCUGACAUCUUUGCUGCACAGAUUAUCCCUCCAGGAACUUACAACAUCCUCAAACUCAGCCUGUUACUGAGUCUGGUUCAGACUUACAAUAAAGAAAAGCAGACUACAGAAUACUUAGACGUUUUAGUUCUUACAAGUGAUCCAGUAACAGUGGACAGGCUGUUAACAUAUAGUCUGAGCCUUGUGCCUUGUGGAGUACGACAUUUACCAUCAUAUGAGAUUUUUGCUACAGUCUCCAAAGAUGAACAUGGAACUGGCACUGCCAAAGUUCAAGCUGGCUCUGCCUUAUUGGCCAAGGGCGGUAUCUGCUAUAUAGGAGAACUUUUUUCUCAUAGAAAAGACAAACUUAAAUUACUUCAGACAGUUUUAGAGACCAGGAGUACCACAGUCUUUAUUUCUGGAAAGAAGUUUGGAGAAGAUGUUGAUCAGCAGAUGUCCUUUCCUAUUCAGUGCAACUUUUGGGCUUUGGCUGAUGCUGAUACGCACCUGAAGAAAGCCAUGCAACGAGAAGAUGCUGUAAUUGGUUCAGUGGACAUCGGCUCAGUUCCAGCUAACUUGGUUGAUGCAUUUGGUCUGUUGAUUUACUGCAAUGAAUCAUCCAACUACCAUUCUCCUGUGCAACUAAUACAGCAUAUACUGAGUGAAGCUAUGAAUCCAGGCAAACCCCUUUAUCCAGCACUACAGAAGUUUACAACACAAGAUUAUGAAAAGCUGCUAGCAUUUGCCAGAAACCAACAGACAGAACUUACUUCCGAGGCCGAGAGGCUUAUCCAAGGAUAUUACACUGCAAGUCGGAGAGUCCGAACCGAUCCUGUCCAUGGAUCUAAAAUUUCUUCAACUGCACUGAAGACAUUGAUGUCACUGUCUGAAACACAUGCCAAACUCAGCCUGAGAAACAAAGUACUGGAACAGGAUGCUGUCAUUGCAAUCUUGCUAUAUGAGAUUUCCAUCACUGCAAGGCAUGGUACCUCAGUGUUAUUUGUGGCUCCCAAUGCACUAUUUCCAUUCGAUCUGUGUGAUGAGCACAGCCUAAAUCAAAGAGAUAUAUAUUUGGUACAGUUCCACCAACAGCUGUUACAGUUCUGUUCGACAUAUGCCCCUGGGAUGUCUGUGCACUUUCCUGAAGAAUAA